AUGGUGAUCGGCGGCGUGGGCGCCGACCAGCUGCCGCUGAAGGUGGUGGAGAUGUACAACACGGACGAGGGGCGCUGGAGGAAGCGCAGCUCGCUCCGCGAGGCCGCCAUGGGCAUCUCGGUGGCGGCCAAAGAUUACAGGGUGUACGCAGCGGGCGGGAUGGGCUCGGACCUGCGGCCCCACAACUUCCUGCAGCACUAUGACGUGCUCAAGGACAUCUGGGUGUCCCUGGCUGCCAUGCCCACCCCCCGCUACGCGGCCACGUCCAUCCUGAGGGGCACCAAGAUCUACGUGCUGGGAGGAAGGCAAUCCAAGUACGCCGUCAACGCCUUCGAGGUCUUCGACACGGACACGCGCUCCUGGACCAAGUUCCCCAACAUUCCCACCAAAAGAGCCUUCUCCAGCUUCGUGCCCACCGAGGAGAAGCUCUUCAGCCUCGGGGGGCUGCGCCAGGGCCGGCUCUACCGGCAGCCCAAGUUCAUGAGGACCGUGGACGUGUUCGACCUGGAGCAAGGGGGCUGGAUGAAGACGGAGCGCUCCUGCUACCUGAAGAAAAGGCGAGCAGACUUCGUGGCCGGAUACCUGAGAGGCAGAGUUGUCGUGGCUGGGGGCCUGGGGAAUCAGCCGACAGUGCUGGAGUCGGCAGAGGCUUUCCACCCCGAGAAGAACAAGUGGGAGAGCCUGCCCCCCAUGCCCACCCCGCGCUGCGCCUGCUCCAGCAUCGCGCUGCGGGACUGCCUGCUGGCCGUGGGGGGCGUCAGCCAGGGGCUCAGCACGGCCGUGGAGGCCCUGUGCCUCUCUGACUCCUGAAUCCCACCGGGAAUGGGGCUCUGUGCCUCUCUGACUCCUGAAUCCCACCGGGAAUGGGGCUCUGUGCCUCUCUGACUCCUGAAUCCCACCGGGAACGGGGCUCUGUGCCUCUCUGACUCCUGAAUCCCACCGGGAACGGGGCUCUGUGCCUCUCUGACUCCUGACUGGAACACUCCUGGAGGAGAAUCCCACCGGGAACAGGGCCCUGUGCCUCUCUGACUCCUGAGAAUCCCACCUUGGACAGGGCCCUGUGCCUCUCUGAUUCCUGAUUGGAACUCCCUGGAGGAGAAUCCCACCUGGAACAGGGCCCUGCCCCUGCUGUCCCCAGCAGUGGCACUGGGGACGGUGCUGGCAUCUCCCAGGACUGGGACAGCACCAUCCAGCUGCUGCAGGGGCCUGGCUGCUCCUCCAGAAACACAUCCAGGGAUUCUGGUGCCUCCCUUCCUGGCACUGCUGUCCAUGAGGAACCCCCACACUGGCCAGGGGUCCCCUCCUGUCACUGUCACAUCUCCAUGGGGACAUCCAGCCAGGGGAACUGCUCCUCACAUCUCCAUGGGGGAGGAACUGCUCCCUGCAGCUCCAUGGGGACAUCAGCUGGGGGAACUGCUCCCCACAGCUCCAUAGGGAAGGAACUGCUCUCCAGAUCUCCGUGGGGACACCCAGCUUCAGACACUGCUCCCCACAUCUCCAAGGGUCCCAGGGCGGGCUGUCCCCGCUGAGUCGCCUCUCCAUCCAGGGCCGCUCCCGUCACCGCGGAGCUCCGAGGGCACUGUGUGGAGCUCCGAGAACACCGUGCAGAGCUCCGGGAACACUGCGCGGAGCUCCAGGAACAC